AUGACCAGACCUGCCACGGUGCUGGCGAAUGCGGUUCGCAAGGCGAGCAGCGAGGGCUUUGACAUUCUACUCGCUGACACCUCUGGCCGGCUGCACACCAACUUCAACCUGAUGGAGGAGCUGAAGGCGUGCAAGCGAGCCGUGGCCAAGACCCUGCCGGGUGCUCCCAACGAGGUGCUGCUGGUAUUGGAUGGCACCACAGGCCUCAACAUGCUGCCGCAGGCACGGGAGUUCAACCAGGCUGUUGGGGUGACGGGCUUUGUCCUUACCAAGCUGGACGGCACGGCACGGGGAGGUUGUGUGGCGAGUGUGGUGGACGAUUUGGGCAUUCCAGUGAAGUUUGUUGGUGUGGGGGAGGGCAUGGAGGACCUUCAACCCUUCAACGCUGAAGCGUUCGUCGAUGCUCUCUUCCCCUCGUAA